UCUGCACCUCUCCCUCCGUUCGUCGCCGAAAUUCUUCUGCAAAGCUCUCUCUAUCUAUCGCCCUUGUUAGAUCAAAUCAAAGCCAUAGAUGAGGAUUAGGAAGCGAUCCGUACCAUUGCCUUUCUCUUCUCUCUGCCCGACUAUUCCACCAGGUUUUCAACUUCACAAGGUGCCCUCGCCGGAGGAACAACUGAAACCAGAUAGUAAAGCCGGUCGAGAAGGGCCCGAAGAAGAACAACAGAAAGAGGCGAAAGCAAAAGGAUCAAAGCCUCAACAACAACUAAAUGGAAGAGAUCCAACUUCUGUAACAGUAAAAGAAGAAGAGACUACCCAUCUUGAUCAUCAUCAGCAGCCUCAAACACAAACUUAUUCAAAUCCAUCCCCUCCACUGCCGCUCAACCUCGAAGUGAAUCGGCACCGUUCCUCUUCGGAUCUGCAGCUGACGAUCGUAAGGGUGAAGGACGGCUGGAUUUGCUCCGACGGCGUCGGAGGACAAGAAGAGGAACCGAAGAAAACCAAGUACGAGAGCUACUGCAUGUGCCCCAACACUCCAUCUCAGGGCGACAAGGGUUUGCAAGGAGAUGAAAAGACAAAAGGGAAGCGAUGGCGCGUGCUCUUUAACAAUUCCAUGAAUGGAAGUAGUUUGAAUACGAAGGCUAAUGAUGAGAUUGGGGCUAAUGGGUUGUUAUCUUCUUCCUUCAAUCAAGUAGUUGGAAGAUGGUGUGAAGGAGAGAAAGCGUUUCCAUUGAAGAAAAGAAGAGGGAGUUUCGACCGUAAAGCAAUAGAAGAGACUACGAUGGCGGAUAAGGGGAAAAAGAUGAGAACCAUUCUGAAAACUAAAACCAACAAGAGAUGUGUUCACCCAGAAAAUAAUGACGACAACAAAGACGAAGAAGAAGAAGAAGGAAAGGAGGAGACAUUAACGAACAGUGGUGGAAGAAGUAAUGAUAAUGUGAAGAAGAGAGGGAGUCGUGGAGUGGUGAUGGAGGGAUCCAGAUGUAGUCGUGUGAAUGGUAGAGGAUGGAGAUGCUGCCAACCAACCCUUGUGGGUUACUCUCUAUGUGAGCAUCACUUGGGCAAAGGGAGGCUCAGGAGCAUGAACACUGUUCGCACAAAUGCUUCCUCCAUUAUUGCUGGGCUUAAUAAGCGUAGGUGGUCACUAUCAUCAUCUUUGUCUUCGUCCAUAGACAAGGAUGAAGAGGAUGAUUUAUUAGAUGAAGAUGAAGAAGAGGAAGGGAAACCACUGAUGAGCACAGAGAAGAGAAAGAAGAUUGGUAUGGUGAAAGCUCGUUCCAUUAGCAGUUUGCUGUGCACAUCAUCCGUGGUUUAUGGUAACAAUGGUGGCAUUGUAUGAACCGUCUGGAUAGAUACCCCAACUGGGUUUUCAAAGUUCAUGGAGAAA